UGCGUAGAGGAAGGGGAGGAGGUGAACGGCUCUUCUUCUACGUCCCGGUGUGCUGAGAGCUGCUGUUUCAGUUCACCACCGCAUCCGAGCAGCUCAGUCCUCCUUCUCUUUAGAUUUAGGCGUGACCUCGGGUUUUGAUGUUAAGUGCCAACCUUUUUGAUACUCCGUCUUGUUUUACCCUCAGCCUCACCGGGGAGACCACGCCAGGGCGGCGAAGAGCGAAGUUUAAACCUGGAUCUGAGGUUACACGAUCCCAGACAUAGCCUUCGCUAUAUUUGUAGUUAUUUUUAUUUUUGCGAGGGAGAAGGUCAUCAUCGACUUCAGUGAAGUUUUACCGGCCCCCGAGAGAGAGGACAACACAUCCGCCCGGCAUCAUGACUAGGAGAUCCUGUGCCAUUUACGCCACCGGGAUCGUGUGCGCUCACCUCCUGAUUGUGGGGAUCGCGCUGGUUGUGGCUCAAGUAUUUCAAACAAUGAUACACAGCCGGCUAAAAAAGGAAAUUACUUUGACAGAGAAGAGCCAAGUGUUUGAGGCAUGGAAGAAUCCACCCCCACCUGUGUAUAUGGAGUAUUACUUCUUCAAUGUGACCAAUCCAGAGGUGUUCUUGGCAGGCGGGAAGGCAGCUGUGACACAGAUAGGACCCUAUACUUACAGGGAAUACAGGCCGCGGGAAAACGUAACUUUCCUGGAGAACGGCACCAAGAUUUUCGCCCUGAACCCCAAAAGUUUUGUGUUUGUGCCUGAGAAGUCAGCCGGUAACCCUGAGGUUGACAUCAUCAGGACUGUCAACAUCCCGUUUGUGGCGGUGAUGAACGAGCUAAACUCCUACUCCUUCUUCCUGCGAACUAUUGUUUCCAUGUACAUGAAUAGCCUGGGCAUCGAGCUAUUCAUGACCCGCACCGUCCACGAGGUCCUGUGGGGCUUCAAAGACCCUCUUCUCUCAAAGAUCCACUCCAUGAAGCCUGAAGUGGAUGAAUAUUUUGGGCUGAUGUGGAAGAAAAAUGGCACCCAUGAAGGAGAGUUUGUGUUUCACACGGGCGAGGAGAACUACUUGGAUUAUGGCAAGAUCGACACAUGGAACGGUCUGAGGGAGAUGUCUUGGUGGUCUUCCAAUCAGAGCAACAUGAUUAACGGUACAGACGGCGCAGUCUUCCACCCUCUGAUAAACAGGAACGAGUUGCUCUACAUCUUCGCCGCUGAUCUCUGCAGGUCUAUCCAUCUAGCUUAUGUUAAAGACGUGGAUGUGAAAGGCAUCCAGGCGUACCGCUUCGCACCCCCUAGUGACGUACUCAUGAGCCCCAAAGACAACCCCACUAACGCAGGCUUCUGCGUGCCAGCUGGAGACUGUCUCGGCACCGGGGUGCUUAAAGUCAGCGUUUGUCGAGAAGGCGCUCCCAUUGUGGUGUCUUUCCCCCACUUUUAUCAAGCGGACCCGAAGUACAUCAAUGCUGUUGACGGGCUCAGCCCCAACAAGGAGGAACACGAGACGUACCUCGACCUGCAACCGACUACAGGGGUUCCCAUUCGUGCCUGCAAGAGAGCUCAGCUCAAUAUCAUCCUGAAGAGAGUCGAAGGCUUCCCCAAAACCAAGUUCAUCAACGAGACCAUUUUCCCCAUCAUGUUCGUAAAUGAGACGGCCACUAUUGACGAUGAGUCGGCAUCCCAAAUGAGGACGCUGCUCCUAAUCGUGACUCUUGUGUCAAACUUCCCCGUGCUCAUUGUGGGCAUGGGCAUCAUCCUGCUGCUGGUGCUGGUCGUAUUGUUGUGCCGAAACCGCCAGAAGAAGACGGUGAAGGAUGAUACUGCCUACACUCAGGUCAGCGACAAACCCGACGAGCCGUCAGAAACGCCAGCCAAUCAGCCGAUGAGAAACGGCUCCUACAUUGCCAUGUCUCCAGUGGAGGCCCAGAAGUGUUGAUCAAGGAUCCCCUCUCCAAGUGUGGAGCUCAGGAUGGGGGCUGAGGGAGCAGCACAUGGGUGUUACAUUACCACGGGUGGGGGGUUUACAUACACAGUGGGAUCAUUUUCACUUAUUUUGAGGGGCGGUGGGGAGGAUAGGGAAAGGGGUGGGACACAAGCAACAGUAAACGUUUAGUCAACAAAGACAUUGCUCCUCUCUGAGCCCUCUUAUGACUGUCUGUCCUCCUCUACUCUACCUGCUGAGCAUGGCUCUCACUGCCUGCCGUACUGCAACACAACUCCCACACGCUAUUCCUCAUUUCUGUCCUGGUUUGAUCCAAAACAUGAAGGGACUCUGGAUGGGCUCGGCCAGGACAAGCCUUUGUCCGUAAUUCUUCUGAGGGAACACUGUAGCAUAGCUAUUACUGUUGUACACGGACGCACGAUCUUCGGAGCCGACCCUGCCGACUAAUGUGGCUCAAAGGAGGGUUUAGUAUUCACCCAAACAACAGUGGGUUUUGUUACCAUCGUAUUUCAGCUCUUGUCCUCUCCAUCAGUGGCUUUGCAUGAGGAGAGAACUUAAAGCCAACAGAUUUGAAAAGCUCCCGUAAAACGUAAUGCUUAAGACAAAACUCUCUGAGCUCCUGGGCGAAGAGGAGAAAAUGGUUUUGUUAACAAAACUGAACUCAACAUAUCCUUUUUGUUAUAAAAAGAAAAAUCUGAGCCAAAAUAUUUAUAACAUCUUUGCCUUUUUUAUUUUUUUUUCCCCUUUUAAUUAGUGCACCCACACACAUAGACGCGCCACACUUCCAGUAUCGGUUAGUGAAAGUGUGUAUACCUUUUUUGUCUUACACUUCAGUGUCCUGUUUUGAUGGACAAUGGGCAACUAUUUUCUUGAUGCAGACACAGUGUAGUGUGACACCUGGAAUGCUUCCUUGAGCCUGUCAGCAUCACCCCCCCCCCCCCCCCCCCCCAACCCUGAACACUAGUUAAAUGAGACCUCUGCUACAUUUCCAAGUCAUUGGAAAUCAUUAGUUAAGGUGAUGACUUGUUAGCUGUGUUAAAUUGUUAGGAUUGCCAACAUCAGCUUGAUGAAGUUGCACCUUUUUUUUAAUUUAUUUUUUUUAGGCUCCAUCACAUUUCAAAACAAAAAGGAAAAAAACACCCGCAGAACUUACAAGGGAGACUUGAACCUGCUUUCUGCCUUACAAUGGUUCAGUGUGUUCUUUAUUUUCAUAAGUUGUUCAAAUAAGCUGGAUAUCACUUUUGUUGUUGUUGUUGUACAUAUGUAAAGGGGAAAUGUUGACACCUCUGACCAAAUCCAGCAGGCAGUCCUAGGUGUGCUGAAAGACACUAAUUUUGCUCUGGUGUCGGCCGCUCCUGCACGUCUACACUGUUACUUAUUAGAGAAAGCACAAUUUGGAUUGCUAAAGCCAGUCCUCACACAAGGCUACCAGGUUUCUUUUGUCCAAUUAAUUAUGUAUAUUUACAGCUGAUCUGUCAAAGACACUGUCAAGUGCUGUGACUUAAAAAAAAAAAAAAGUGGAGUCCUUUGGUUGUAAGGGAGCCCUGUGCACCACUCACCGCUGUGCAGUCAUUCAGUUUGCCAAGGAGCUGUAGGCAUUCAGGCAAAAACGCAGCACACAGCACUUGAAUCACUGUUUGUCUUAUGUGUCAUGUUGUGUUUUCAUUUGUUUUGGGGUUUUUUUUUUCCCCUGUCUGUUUCAUUUCUGUUGUCACAUGUCAAACCCAGUGGUAGUCGCUAAUGGGAAGUGAACACAUGGCCAGAAUACUGUCAACGGGGAAUAUUUCCCUGCACAUUGCCUGGAACUUGUGUCCUGUGUAUUGUCAUUGUCUCUGUUCAUUUUUGUCCUGGUUAUUUCGAUGCAGGUGGUCCGUAUGUUCAGUACAUUUCAAUGGUUUGUCCUCGCUAGUAUUGGUUAUGAAGGAUGUUGUAACAUACAUCCACACCUCUGUGUUACUUGCUUUUCAGCACAUGGAGUGUCUUCUUUUGAUAUACUUUUGUAUUUGUUAUUGCUGCUAAAAAAACACAAAAACAAACAAAAAGCGCCAGAACCUGUGGACUUGUAUUUUGUAUGGGGUAUUAUACCAUAAUGUGCUUGUAUUCUGUUUCCAGGUUAAUACACAGAGGCUUUAUUUUUUUUUUUUCUUCUUGAAAGUGAAGUGUUUCUGUGUUGACAACCUUUCUUGACACCUGAGCACAAGAUACAAAGCGCAAAGCUUGCUGCCAUUUAUUGGAAUUAGCAGUUACAAUUAUCAACUUUAGUGACGUUAUCACACUUGAAUCACUCAUUCCUCUAUUAGCAGAUGAUCUGACCAUAUCACAUGUAUCAAUUGGCAUUUAUUAUAGGAUUAGUAAACUUAACAGUUCGCUGGAGGUGCACAAAAAGGGUGAGUAUUCAUUUAAAUCAAUUCACUAAAGGCCUUUUUAUUCCACCUACAUGCAAGCAACCACCGCCUUGUGCAAACUCAGUCUGUCUUUAUCCACCUUUUUUAAAAAAAUCUUGACCUUAACCUGAAAGACCUUUAAUCCCGAGAGGUGUGUGUGUGUGUGUGUGUGUGUGUGUGUGUGUGUGUGUGUGUGUGUUGCCUGGCCAUUCAAACACACAGCUGAGCCAUCUGUCCUCCGCUGACUGACUUCUACUACACUGACCUUUUGAGUCCAAUCUUUCAAGCCCAUUGGCUCGUCCCUGCUUGACCAAAGAUAACCCACAUAGAUCUGCCCCAGUGCCGUGUUUACUCUCCGAUAACGGCUGUGCCACAAAACCACCACCUACCUUUUUUUCCUUUUUUUUUUUUUUUUUUUUUGGUCUUUAAAAAAAAAAAAAAAUAUAUAUAUAUAUAUAUAUAUAAAUUUGUGCCACCACUUAUGUGAAGUAUUUGCAGCAGUGUUGUGUGAGCACAUGUGUGUUUGUGCCUUCUUUUUACAUCAAGGCAAAAAAAUGAAUUCACAAGUUGGUGGUAGUUGAUUAGUUUUCUUUCUUUUUUUUGUCACCUAGUGAAAGAGCAAACAAGGUAAUCCAUGCUCCUUGUGAGCAGAUCUCAGUAUUACGUAAUACAAAGCAAUACAGAGUUGAGUGAAGUAAAUUGUGGAUGUUUUGUAAGGGGCCGCACUAUUAUGUAUUUUGUUUUUGAUUUUCUCUUGUGUAGAAGUAUUUCCUUUUUGUUUUAUGUAGACAGAAUUAUUUUGUUUCUGUAAUAUUCAGCACAUUUAAUUUUUUGAUCAAUAUUUUUUUUUUCGUGGUAAAAAUACUAAAAAGUGUAAAAGAUGGACCAUUAUGUCUCAUUGGGAGCUUUCAGAGCCCUGUACAAUGUCUAAAGAGUGUUCAUGAAUGGUUUAAGGUUGUUUGUGUUGGACAAGUAUGAGAACUUGAGUAAACUUGUGUUUGUGCCAAUGCACCAUUUCUGUCAAACUGGAGUUUAUUUUAUUUUUUUUUAACUGGAAGGCUGAUUAUCUUGAUGACCUGAGUAAAGUAAAACAUUGUUGCUGUGUAAUCGAUCUAGAUGAAUGAAGCCCUUGUUCAUGGAUGAGCACUGGUACUGUGCCAUACCAUCCUUUUAUUAUUUUUCCUAAAUUUGCUCUUUGGUGUGACAACCGCAUCUCCCCUUUGCGAUGUUCUGAAGUCACUAACAGACGUUUCCUCUUGAGAUGUAUACUAAUUUUCUUUUGCUGCUGAAAAUGACAAUCCUGCUUGUCAUAUUAGGUGCAAAAGUAAUUCAAAGUAAUAUCCAUUUUUAGUUUUGAUAAUUUACACUGCACAGAUGUUUCUACAGUGCUUUUGUAAACAUUUCUAGUGUAUUUGCAAAAAAAAAUAAAAGUUGCACUUGAGUGCAAAAGUUCA